AUGGGGAGUGAGGAGCUGGCUGUGGUGGGCUCACCCUUCUGGAUGGCACCUGAGGUUCUUCGAGAUAAGCCCUAUAAUGAGAAGAAUUUUGGACUGGACUACAAUGCUUUCCAGCACAGGGUGGGAGACUGCCCCCCAGACUUCCUGCAGCUCACCUUCAACUGCUGUUAUGACCGUGGGACAAAGUGCCUGAGCUCACUGGAUGACAAGAUUCCCUAUAAGGCUCUAUAUCCAAGCUUAUUAUCUCAAAGCAGGUCAGACAUUUUCUCUCGCAAGCCCCCACAUACAGUGCACUCACUUGAUCCCUACUACCGGCCACGAGAUGGUGCUACUCGCACCCCAAAAGCCAACUCUUUCAGUGCUCGUCAGGAUCUCAAAGGUGGCAAGAUCAAGUUCUUUGACUUACCCAGCAAAUCUGUCAUCUCCCUGGUAUGUGACCUGGAUAUACCAGGACCUGGAACUUUGCCCCUGGCUGAUUGGCAGAAGCCUCUGGCCAUGUCUGCCCAUCGGUGGCUUGGUUCACCUGAGUUCUUGAGUCAGGAGGCCUGUCCAUUCGUGGGCUGUGAAGAAUCACUAUCCGACAGGCCCCCACGACGACUCAGUAGUCUCAAGUACAGAGUAAGCGAGAUCCCACCAUUCAGGGCAUCUGCCCUUCCAGCUGCUCCAGUCCAUGAGGCCAUGGACUGCUCCAACUCCCAGGAAGAAAACAGUUUUGGACCCAGGCCCAAGGGGACCAGUCCAUGCCUUGGAGGUGCCUCUGAGGAGAUGGAGCUGGAAGAAAGGCCAAGAGGCAUGACUCCGGUCAUCUUUGUCUCAGACACAGGCCUACAAACCCAAGGAGAGCAGGAUGGGUAAG